ACCUUACCUUGCCUAACGUUAUUUUGAAGUUAUCGGUGGAGAAUAAUCUAGCGAUUCUAGAAAUCAGUAAAUAUUGUACAUAAUAACGAAUGCUUAAAAAUUCUUUUUUACAUAUUUUAUUUUACAAAUAAAAUGGAAAAUUUCUAAACGAGAAAAAAUUCAUGGUUACAGUGAGAAAUAAAAAUGGAAUGUGCAGAACUCAAGGUUGAAUCAUGUUUGUUGACAGCAACACAGCAUGAAACUUUAAAUAAAAGUGAUGUAGUCAUAAAUACAAAAAGUCAAAAUGAUGCAAAAACUGACGAAAAUGACCAUGUACAAUUAGAGAGUUUAUUUAUACAGCCUGAAGACUGUUCCAAUUUAAUAAAUACUGAAACGUAUUUAGAAUCCAAUAAUGCUUCAAUCACAAACAAAACUGUCCAUCAUACUUUUUCACAGUCACAUGUGACACAGGACACAACGCAAUCUUUAGAAGAGACACAAAAUAAUGAAACAGUAAAUGAUACAAAACUAAGAAGUACAAAUUUGGAGCAUGCUGAAUUAACAGAUUCUACUUGUAUUCUGUACAAUUUGUCCAGCACACCAAGGCUACUAUGUGUAGCUACUGAAGAAUAUCAACCUACAGACUUGUAUGAAAAUUUUACAAAAGGCUGCCAGUGGUCCCCAGAUGGAACAUGCUUGCUUGUACCAUCAGAAGACUUUAGAUUGCGCAUUUAUGAGCUUCCUAGAGAAUUAUAUUCUGGCCAAAUCCCAUUUGAUUUUAAGGAGACCCAUUUUACACCUGCUUUAACAGUUAAAGAAGGAGGUCUUAUAUACGACACUUGCUGGUAUCCCUUUAUGAAUUCAUGGGAUCCUGCAACAUGUUGCUUUCUUAGUACCAGUAGAGAGAGCCCCAUUCAUUUAUGGGAUGCAUUUACAGGAGAACUGCGUGCAACGUAUCGAGCUUACAAUCAAGUUGAUGAAGUAGAAGCAUCUAUAAGUAUCCAAUUUGUGGAUUCAGGAAAGGAAAUAUGGUGUGGUUUUAAAAACGCUGUGAGAACUUUUGACACGGACCGUCCUGGACGUCAAACAAAUACCAUUCAAUUUAAACACGAUUUUCCAAAUAUGACUGGAUUAGUCUCCUGCAUUCGUGAAAAUCCAAUUAUGUCGGGCCUAAUUGCCUUCGGCACGUAUUCUAAAUGUAUCGGUCUGUACAAAGAUGGACCACUAUGCACUUUUAAAACUGGAAGUGGUGUAACACAAAUUGAAUUUAGCUCUUGCGGAACGAAAUUGUUCUCCGUUGUUCGGAAAAACAAUGAAUUUUUAUGCUGGGACCUUCGUAAUCCUGGAAAUAUACUUUAUUCUCUUGGAGGAAGACAAUCAAAUACCAAUCAAAGAAUACAAUUUAGUAUAACACCUGAUACUAAACAGAUAAUUUCUGGUGGUGUCGAUGGAAAUAUCGCUGUGUGGGAAUUACCAGAAAUUACACAUUACGAUGAAGAUCUAAGUCCAAAAUAUAAAAUAAAAUUAUCUGAAGAUUGCAUAAAUGGAACAAGCUUACACAGAAGUUUACCCAUAAUAGCAACCAGUUCUGGACAGAGGCAAUGUGGUAUUGAAAACCAAUAUAGAGACAACAGCGUAAGAUUAUGGUGGGCUUCUUGAUAUGGUAAUUAGGCAGCUUGAUUUACAUAUUAACGUGUUAAACGUAACUGGUAAAAUAAAAACAAAAAAAAUUGUAAAUAUUUUUUUGUAAAUAUUUGUAUUUUAUAUUAGUAAUAGUAUCAUAAGCGUUGGGAAUAACUUUUAUAGCAUACAUUACACUUUUUUUUUAUGUUACAUAUUUUAAUUAUUACUUUGAACAAAAUUCUUAAGCUCUCAAAAAUAUGUUAAUAACGAACAAAGAUUGAAAAUUGACCAAACCCAUCAAGAAAAUUGGAUGAAUUCCUAAAACACAAGCACAAACAUAAAAUAACUAAAUCUGUAAAUUGUCCUUCAGAAUUCCGUUCAUAUAAUUCUACUUUGAAAUACUCAUAUUUUUUAAUUAUUGUGUAUCAUAUAAUAUUUAGAAUUAGAUAUUGAAUAAAACACAAAUCGAAUUUAAAAAAUCAUUAAUGAUCAGUGAAAAUUAUUUUUUAAAUUUGAUUCAGUUAUGUUUUGUUUAUAUCAAAUUCUAAGUAUUAAUUGAAAUCCUAAAUUAGGUCAUUAAUAUUUAUCUUUUUUCCAUUUGGAUCUAUUGUCUAUUCAUCAGUCUCACAAAGCAAAUCAAGUUCAGUUUUAAAUUGACAUAUAUGUAAUGAAUAUGACACAUAUGUAAUGAAUAGCCAAUAGAUACAUUGAAAGAAGAUAAUGAAUGCAUAAUUCUCUGAAAGAUUUAGAUUUUCUUUUUUCUGUGUGUUUUGAGAGAAUCUUUAAUUUCCAAGUUCAACCAAGUUUAAAUAUUAGAUCUCGUCUUCUAAUUGUACUUCAGAGAGAAGUAUUAUAUACAUUUAUUUUUGUUAUUAUAUAUAGACACAAGAUUAUUUUUCUGAUUUUGGAAUUAUCAUUUGUUUAGAUAUUAGAUUGUCCAGAUUAUACCGUUUUCUUUAAUGAAUUUAAUAGAAAAAAUUCGUGUGAAUUUUCCGGACAGUACAAUCUCUUUCGAAGUACUCUUAUUUCUGAAUCUUGCGUGUAAUAUUUAAAAUAUAUAAUUAUAUCGACUAUUAUAUAAUUAUAUUUCUGUAACAUCUAUAGUUCUGUAUCUGUAUUUGAAAUUGUUUAAUAGGCAUGUUGCCUGUAGACAUAAUAGGCAAUAUGUAAUAAUGUUGCAGACAAAAUAUGUACAUUUAUUAUAAAUGCAUCAUACAUUAUU